CACUGUCGGUUCCCACGCACUCGUUGCCAGAUCCGCUUUCUCCUAAUUUUCUUUUCGCAGACGACCGCAAAUCUCAUCUACUCUUCGAAAUGGCCAACCUCGUCGGAAGUUUUAAACUGGUCUCAAGCGAAAAUUUCGGUGAAUUUCUGAAAGAAAUCGGCGUUUCCAUGGUCACUCGUAAGUUGGCCGAGAACUCAAAGCCAACAGUGGAGAUCAAGCAGGAAGGGGACGAAUUCGUCGUAAAGACUAUCGCAUUCAAAAACUCAGAAAUUCGCUUCAAGCUCGGCGAAGAAUUCGAAGAGAAAAGGCUUGAUGGAGCAACAGUUAAGACUGUGGUGACUUUGGAAGGUGGAAAACUUGUACAGAAGCAAUUCGGCGACAAAGAAGUUACCAUUACCAGGGAAGUUGAUGGUGACACCCUCAAAGUGGUCUGUGAAUCCGGAAGUGUGGUGUCUACGAGAAUCUACAAGAGGGAAUAGAUUUCAAUAUUUUGUGUCUACAUCCCAUCUAACAAAUACGAUCUCAACGACCAUCUGAAACCCACAAGAUCUGGGGAUUACAGUAAUUAAAGCACUAAUUUUUCAUGUCAUUUUGACUGCAGUGAUUGUGUCAAAUUUUAGCCAAUUCAUGCUUCUAAAACUGUGUUUUCGUCUCGUAACCAAAGCUCAUUCAUAGGAUGUUUUCCUUCUGUAGCUUCAUUGUUAUUAAAUAGAAAUAGAAACCA